UGUGGGUUGCACGGGAGUUGGCUGCUGACCUUUUCACCCAAUCUCCGGUGAAGGCAGCUACCAUCAACCGGGGCCUUGUCACUGCCAGGGUCUAUUCGAGCCCCCUAUCCCGGUCCGGGUGUGUCUUUAUUGUAGCGAGCUGUGUCUCAGGCCUGACCUGGGCCGACUGGCUGUGGCGGGGCCUGGCCUCGACCCCACGGCCCAUUUGGACUUCAUCCCCGGUACUGGGUUGGUGCGACUGCUGGGGGCUCAAGGCUGGAUGGCGUUUGUAGAUGCGGUAUCCGGAGCCGCUGAUUUGGGCUUUCAAGUGUUUCUGCGAAUCCGCGAUUUCGAACCAAGAAAUAGUUGUUGUAAUUGAAAGUAAAACGUUGUGGAUGUUGGAAAUUUGAAACAAACGCCGAAAGUACCGGAGAAGCUCUGGUCUGAUAACAUCUCUGGACAGAUCCAUCAUUUUGAAGAACAACCGUGUAUGUGUACCUUUGCUGUUAAAAAUAAAAUAUAUUGAAGAAAGAAUAUUUUUCUCCUGAACUAAUUGAAAGCCAGAAUUUCUUCAAAAUGCCUGCAGUAUCUAGUGAUCUAAAGGAGUUGUAUCUCUCUACAUGCUUGGCUGACCUUAACAAGAAAGCAGAAGUGAAGCUUGAAACGAAAAGCACCAAAACCUAUGUCACGAGUGCUUGUAAAAUAUUUAAGGCAGCAGAGGAAUGUAGAUUGGAUAGAGAUGAGGAGAAAGCCUAUGUCCUUUACAUGAAAUACCUGACUGUGUACGAUCUCAUUCGGAAAAGGACUGAUUUCAAACACCAACAGGACUACUACCUUUCCCUCUUGGGCCCUGCAAAUUUCCGAAAAGCCAUAGAGGAAGCAGAAAGGCUUUCAGAAAGCCUCAAGUUAAGAUAUGAGGAGGCUGAAGUGCGUAAAAAGCUUGAAGAGAAUGAAAGGCUGCAAGAGGAGAAGAGAAAACAGCAGGAAGAAGCCAGAAGCAAGGGAUAUGAUAACAGUUUGAAAACAACAACUAAGAGUUCCUCUGAUUGUUUUGGCAUUCAGAAAAGAAAUUUAAAGGAGGACUUUGAAGUAAAUGACAAGAAAACACAUUCUGUGUGCAAUGAUUCACUUCAGGGAGCAGUAACUGCAGAAAAGUUGUUUGCAAUGAUGCAAGAUGAAAACACUGAGAUGAUCAUUAUGGAUGCACGAAGCUCCAAGGAUUACCAGGAAUCUCAUAUGCAGGUGGCCAGAUCACACUGUAUAAGUGUACCAGAGGAAGCUGUCAGUCCAGGCAUCACUGUUAACCAGAUAGAGUUGAAGCUUCCAGAGGAGUCAAAAGAGAUAUGGCGAAAGCGUCAAUUUGUUGAUUACAUAAUUUUGUUGGAUUGGGACAGUUCUGUUGACCAAGUGAAAAGAGGAACCAUUCUUCAGAGCCUCAAGGAUGCACUUUAUAAGUGGGAUAGCCAGAUAAUUCUCCGGAGUGAACCACUAGUAUUGGAGGGUGGCUAUGACAGCUGGCUCCUCUGCUAUCCAAUGUACACUACGAAUGCCAAAGUGACUGUUCCAAAGAGAGAACCUCCUGGAGCUGUACAAGUGUCCUUGAAUUUCAGUUACCCAUCCUUGGAGGAACCCCCACAACCUUCUGAAGACCUUAAUGAAAAUAAGACUGUCCAAGAAUUGGAAAUUUGUAAUGAACACCUAUCUUUGCUCGAAGAGACACCAAAAAAAGUCAACCUAAAAACUAUCAAUGUGCCUAAUGGUAUCUUUGCCCCUGGGGUUCCAGUCACUGGGCAGCCUAUUGCAACGAAGACCAUUCCACAGAUUGAUCGAACUAAAAAACCUUCACUGAAACAGCCAAAUCGAUCACUGUCAAAAUCAGAGGUGGUUGGUGCUGACAGUCUACCUGUUCACAAUGGACCAGUGAUUCCUGAUCGGUCAACAAAGCCCUGUAUAGAAUCACAGAAUUCACUGACUGAUGAAGAGAGAAAUCAGAUUCAUGCUGAAGCAGCUCUAAUUGGUGAGAAGGCCAGAAAGGAGAGAGAACAGCGUGAACGAAGGCAGGAAGAAGAAAGAAAAGAGAAGGAGAGGUUGGAGAGACUAAGGGAAGAAGAGCGCAGAGAAAAAGAACAGUGUGAAGAGGAAGAGAAAGAGUUCGAAACAAAAGCUGACCAAGAAAGAGAACCCAAAGAAAAUGAGGAACAGAGAGCACAGGAAAGUGAAGACAGCCAGCAAAAAGAAGAAGCUGAAAGGAAAGGAUUGGCAGAACAAAAAACGACAUCUCCAGAAAAAGGCAAAAUUGAGAGUCAGAUAAGAGAUCAAGCAGACACGAGGAAAAGUGGUGAACAAUCUGUCUCUGAGCUGGAAGGACUUCGUGGCACAAACUUAGAGAAGCAGGAACAUAGAGAUACAUUAACCAGAGCAAGAAGUGAGGAAAUGGGCCGAACAGUUCCAGGCUUACCUCCAGGAUGGAUGAAGUUUCUUGAUGUGGUGACUGGAACCUACCGUUACUAUCAUUCACCAACGAACUCUGUGCACAUGUAUCCGCCUGAAAUGGUGCCAUCAAUUACUCCUCCUGCAACCCCUCCAACUCACAAAGCCAGACCACAAACUGCAAAAGAUGUUGAUGUUCCGAAGUUAAAGCGUUCAUUCUCCUCACCGGAUAUUGCCCAAGCCGUUCAAGAGGAGCAAAACAAAGCAACAACAAAAAUAGUGCCUACAGUCAAUCGGGAAACCAAGCCCUCUGGCUACAGCAAAACUGAAAUCUCCAGCCCUUCUGCUUCUCAAAUCCGUAACCUGAACCCUGUAUAUGGUGGGAUGGGGCGAGCACUGACUGGUCUGCGAAACCUUGGCAACACCUGCUACAUGAAUUCCAUCUUGCAGUGUUUAUGCAACACUCCUCAUCUGGCAGAGUACUUCAAUAAAAAUUUCUACCAACAAGAUAUUAACAGGUCAAACAUUCUUGGUCAUAAAGGUGAGGUGGCUGAAGAGUUUGGUGUGAUAAUGAAAAGCUUGUGGUCAGGUCAAUAUAAAUACAUCAGUCCAAGAGAUUUUAAGGGACGCAUAGGAAAAAUAAAUGACACGUUUGCUGGGUACGUGCAACAGGAUUCCCAGGAAUUGCUUCUGUUUCUAAUGGAUGGACUCCAUGAAGAUCUUAAUAAAGCUGAUCGGAAGAGAUACAAAGAGGAAAACACAGAUAGCUUGGAUGACACAAGAGCAGCAGACCUAGCUUGGCAAAAGCAUAAACUUCUAAAUGAGUCAAUUAUUGUGGCUUUGUUCCAAGGUCAAUUUAAGUCAACCGUGCAGUGUCUGACUUGUCAUAAGAGGUCUCGUACAUUUGAAGCCUUUAUGUAUCUAUCUUUGCCACUUCCAUCAUCUAGCAAAUGUUCUCUCCAGGAUUGUCUCAAGUUGUUUUCCAAAGAGGAGAAGCUGACUGACAAUAACCGAUUUCACUGCAGCAAUUGCAAAGCGCACAGGGACUCAACAAAGAAGCUAGAGAUCUGGAAACUACCUCCAAUCCUAUUGGUACAUCUGAAACGAUUCUCUUAUGAAGGGAGAUGGAAACAGAAACUACAGACAAAUGUUGACUUUCCAUUGGAGAAUCUGGACUUAUUCAGCUACCUAAUUGGCCCUAGGAGCAAUGUGAAAAGAUACAAUUUAUUUGCCGUGUCGAACCAUUAUGGAGGACUAGAUGGAGGACACUAUACAGCUUACUGCAAGAAUGCUGUGAAACAGCGCUGGUUCAAAUUUGAUGAUCAGGAUGUUUCAGAGAUAUCUCCUUCUUCAGUGAGAUCACCAGCAGCCUACAUUCUCUUCUAUAGCUCCCUGGAGUUGCGUGUGGUUGAUUUGGCAACAUAACAGGGAUCAGCAAAUUACCAAAGUGACAUUCCAUAUGAUCGCACCAAUAUUAAAUAAUGUUGGACAUAUGACCAGGAAAAUUCACAGCAUGUUCAGCUAUUUUAAAAAAAGAUGUGCUGUCUUGUAAAACUAGAGCUUUCCAGAUGGAUCUGCCCUUUGUACUUUACUAGAAAAAUGAUUUUUAGUCAUGCAACAUUUAACUACCUAUUUAGAAUGAUGAUAAUGUCACAUGAUAAUGUUUACUAUGAGUUUGUAAUUACAAUGAUUUGAAGAGUCAGAACAUAUUGCCCUUCAAGAUCUUUGCUACUCCAUGAGACAAAAAUUAGUCUAAUUCUCUUAAACACUUCAUUCCUGUUAAAAUGGCCUUUCUCUACUAUAUUUUAACCUUUCUGUACUGUGAAAAUAACCUGGCAUAUUCUGAAUAGGUGAGAAUGUAUCUGUAUAUAAUGAUCGCAGACUUGUACAAAAUGUAUGUAUAUAUAAUAUAUAAAUAGUUUUAAAAAGUAAUAGUCCUCUUUGAGAUCGAGUUGUUUAAAUGAAGAUAGAGCAGAUUGAUCUCAAGUUAUACUGCAAAUCAUUUAUUUUCAGAAUUUUGGAAAAGAUGUGAAAUGUAUCAAAUAUAAUUUCCUUUAACAGUUCAGAUCUGAACAGCAUGUCAUUAAUGGAUGACCCUAUAUCAUUGCUAGUUUUGGGUUUCUACCUGCAUAACUGCUCACCUAAUUUGAUCAAUUAUUCAUUUGCUGUUUGCAGUGUCUUUGGUGCGUGUAUGAAGAAAUUUGAUAGCUCAUUUCUGUCCUAUUUUUGCUUGUCUUUUAUGGCUGUCCAAGACUGUUGAAGUUCUUGUGUUCUUCAGUUUAGUGGAGCAGAAAAAAAAAUGAAAACUGCUAAUGAAAUGUUGGUCUUUUAUAUCACUGGAAUUGGAGUACAGUGUACAGAGCUCUGGUUAAACCUAAGCUGAAGUACUGCACUUUGGGAAGAAUAUUUUGGAUUUGGAGGGAAAUCGAUGCAGAUUUACCAAAAUAUAGUCAUCUAGAAGAAAUGAAGAUUUGCACAGAAUAGGUUGGUAUUCCAUAGAGUAUAGAAGCUGAAUGGCUGAGAUGUUCUAAGAUUGAUUUUGUAAAUGGCAAUGAUCAUUUCCCCUCUCAGAAUAAAGGGACAUAUAAUAGUUUUGUCCCACUUUUAAGCUUCAUGUUUUCAAGAAGUGCUUUUGCACACAAAGGAUACUGGAACUUGUCAUUAGGAUCUAUUUUAAAAAAACAUGCCCAACAUUGUAAAGUUGAGAUUGGUACAUGGCCUUAAGCCAGGUGCAUGGAACUAAAGUAUGGUGAAACAGUCACCAGAUUGAAUGGUGGAACAGUCAGGGAUGGAAAGUUCUCCUCUGGUUUCUUGGAUCGAUCCUGCUUGAUUCCCCUAUUCUCCAGUCUGCUUUAUAUCACAAUGGCUAAAAGCAGAAACUCCGAGGUGAGAGAUUUCACUCAAAGCAUACUUUUUGGUUUUUGGAUAUCACUGAGAAAGGCCAGAUCGUGUGUUGCUUCUAAAAGUAUAUAUUAGUACUAUCUAACAGUAUAGAAUAGUACUAAUAAAUACUGUUAGAUAGUAUUACCUGUGUGAUCUUGCAGUACUUAUCUAGAACAGCUGAGGACAGAGAUCAAUCCUUCUCAGACUUUCUCUCACCAAAGCCACCGCGACAUCACAGCAUACCCCAGAGAGGCACAUGUGCAUUUACCUUCAAACCUACCUCUAUAAAAAGGGUUUUUAUUGGAUUCUUCCCAAAUUGCCAUCAAAAAUUUCAUGCUGUUUGGAAUUUCCAGUGAGCUUAAUGACUUUUCUUACAUGUAUGUUAAUUACCUUUUACAACCACUUCACCAUAAAAUGAAAUCUAAAAUCAGUUUCAAUUAACCUGACCAGUCAGUUGCCAAACCAAAUUUAUAGGUCCUCCUUCAUGGAUAUCUGUUUACUUCUGCAAUAUAUCUAAUCAGAUCUGUGGCUUUAUGAGAAAAUUAUCACUUUGUUUUUUGGUAGAAUUUGGAAAAUACUGCAUUACAUUAGUUUCAUUGAGAUUUUCUUUAAACAGUCCCUUUUCCCCCAGGGCUAAAUGCAGCAUUCCUAUACUAAUAUUACUGGGGAAGAUCUGCUGUCUCACGGUUAAAGUCUGAAAUAUUUUUGAUAAUUUGUACUGCAAUAAAUCUGGCCAGUGUUCCUGCAAAGUUCUGUGGUUAUGCACCUUGUCCCAUGAUAAAUAUCACGUGCAAGGGGAUGCAAAAUGGAUCCACACUGGGAAGGAAACUGGCUAAGUAAACUAAGUUUCUAAGGAGAAAAUUACUUAAGAUCAGAUCUAAAUUUUAUUUCACUGCUCCUACUGUUUUCUGUUGUCACUGAACCAGUCUUGCAUGAGAAACUGUGGCCCUCUGUGAUGAACAAUGGAGAAAUUAAAAUAUUUCAUAUGCUUUUUAAAAACA